CCCAACCAAGCACACCACACCACACUACACCACGGCACGGCACGGCACAGCACAGACGCUGAAGGGCAGCGGCGGCGGCGAGGCAUCCUCGUGCUUUCCCGGGGCUGGGGCGCGCCCGCUCUCCCCACAGCAUGGAGGCAGGGAAGCGCAGCUCGUCAGCCGGUAGCCGGGACGAUGGCAGCGCUAACUCCUUCCCCUCCAAGCCGGGGGCCCCGGCGGAGAAAGCCCAGAGCAGCCCCGGCGGCGGGGGCAGCGGCGGGGGCAGCGGCGGGGGCAGCGGCGUGAAGGAGCAUGGCAACUCGGUGUGCUUCAAAGUGGACGGCGGCGGGGGCGAGGAGCCCGUGGUGGGCUUCGAGGAUGCCGAGGGACCCCGGCGGCAGUACGGCUUUAUGCAGCGGCAGUUCACCUCCAUGCUGCAGCCGGGGGUCAACAAAUUCUCCCUCCGCAUGUUCGGCAGCCAGAAGGCGGUGGAGAAGGAGCAGGAAAGGGUUAAAACUGCGGGGUUCUGGAUCAUCCACCCCUACAGCGACUUCAGGUUUUACUGGGAUUUAAUCAUGCUCAUAAUGAUGGUUGGAAACCUUGUCAUUAUACCAGUUGGAAUCACAUUCUUCACAGAACAAACAACAACGCCAUGGAUUAUUUUCAAUGUGGCAUCAGACACUGUUUUUCUAUUGGACUUGAUCAUGAAUUUUAGAACUGGGACUGUAAAUGAAGACAGCUCUGAAAUAAUACUGGACCCUAAAAUCAUUAAGAUGAAUUACUUAAAAAGCUGGUUUGUGGUUGAUUUCAUCUCAUCAAUACCAGUGGAUUAUAUCUUUCUCAUUGUAGAAAAAGGAAUGGAUUCGGAGGUUUACAAGACAGCGAGAGCACUUCGUAUUGUGAGAUUUACAAAAAUCCUCAGCCUGUUACGUUUAUUACGCCUUUCAAGACUGAUUAGAUACAUACACCAGUGGGAAGAGAUUUUCCACAUGACGUACGAUCUGGCCAGUGCCGUGGUAAGAAUCUUUAAUCUGAUUGGAAUGAUGCUGCUUCUGUGCCAUUGGGAUGGUUGUCUGCAGUUUUUAGUACCUUUACUCCAGGAUUUCCCACCAGAUUGCUGGGUGUCCCUAAACGGUAUGGUUAAUGAUUCCUGGGGAAAGCAGUACUCAUACGCGCUCUUCAAAGCAAUGAGCCACAUGCUGUGCAUUGGUUAUGGAGCCCGCGCCCCUGUCAGCAUGUCCGACCUCUGGAUAACCAUGUUGAGUAUGAUUGUGGGGGCAACUUGUUAUGCCAUGUUUGUUGGCCAUGCCACUGCCCUCAUUCAGUCUCUGGAUUCCUCACGGCGACAAUAUCAGGAAAAGUACAAACAAGUGGAACAGUACAUGUCGUUUCACAAGUUACCAGCUGAAAUGCGUCAGAAGAUUCAUGAUUACUAUGAGCACCGCUACCAAGGCAAGAUCUUUGAUGAAGAAAACAUUUUGAAUGAGCUAAAUGAUCCUCUCAGGGAGGAGAUUGUCAACUUCAACUGUCGGAAGCUGGUUGCUACAAUGCCUCUUUUUGCCAAUGCAGACCCAAAUUUUGUGACUGCCAUGCUAAGCAAACUGAGAUUUGAGGUGUUCCAACCUGGAGAUUAUAUUAUUCGAGAAGGGGCUGUGGGUAAAAAGAUGUAUUUCAUUCAGCAUGGUGUUGCUGGUGUCAUCACCAAAUCCAACAAGGAGCUGAAGCUGACAGAUGGCUCUUACUUUGGAGAGAUUUGCCUUUUGACCAAGGGCCGUCGAACUGCCAGUGUACGAGCAGACACAUACUGUCGUCUAUAUUCCCUCUCAGUGGACAACUUCAACGAGGUUCUAGAAGAGUACCCCAUGAUGAGGAGGGCCUUUGAAACCGUGGCAAUUGAUAGACUUGACAGGAUAGGGAAGAAGAACUCGAUCCUCCUGCAGAAGUUCCAGAAGGACCUCAACACUGGUGUUUUCAACAACCAAGAGAAUGAGAUCUUGAAGCAGAUCGUGAAGCACGACAGGGAGAUGGUGCAGACCAUCGCCCCAGUGAGCUUGCAGCAGGUGCCCGCCGUGAACUCCAGCACGUCAGCCUCAUCGUCGCGCCCCAGAACACAGUCUCCUCCUGUGUACACCACCAGCAGCCUGUCUCACGGAAACCUGCACUCUCCGUCACCCAGCACGCAGACACCACAGCAGGCCGUCAUCCUCUCACCCUGCUCCUACACCACCGCUGUCUGCAGCCCACCCGUACAGAGCCCUCUGGCUGGCCGAACUUUCCAGUAUGCCUCACCGACUGCCUCGCAGCUCUCUCUCAUGCAGCAGCAGCCGCAGGCACCCCAGCAGCCCCCCGGAGUUGUGCAGAAGAACGAGGUCCACAAAAGCACCCAGGCUCUCCACAACACCAACCUGACCCGGGAGGUGCGGCCCCUGUCCGCCUCACAGCCCUCCCUGCCACACGAGAUGUCCACCCUGAUUGCCAGGCCUCACCCCACCGUGGGGGAGUCCCUUGCCUCCCUGCCACAGCCAACCCCGGGCCCCAGCGUGCCCCCGGCCAGCCGAGCCAGUGUCCCGCAGCGCGUCUCGCUCUUCCGACAGAUGUCCUCGGGAGCCAUCCCCCCGAACCGGGGGACUGCACCGCCACCGGCAGCCCUGCAAAGGGAUUCUUCGACAGUCUUAAGCACAGAGCCUGAAGGAGACAAACCGCGGUUCGCAUCAAACUUAUGAUCCCUGGUAACUGUGAGCGACGGACUUGUGACAAACCGAGCACCAUCCCCAAAACUGUUUUAGCCUGUUUCCUAAUGUACCCCAGCAGCCUACUCUACUAUGAGAAAAAUACUUCAGACAGCUUUGCCCUACGUAACGAAUGUAAAGAUUAUAUAUAUAUAUAACAUACAUAUAUAUAUAUAAAAUAAUUCAGAAACUUGUUUGAAUUCAUAUCUUCCUUUCUUGCAACCAUUAAGGAAGUUUAAAUUUAGCUGUAAUGUUACUUAUUUCUAACAUAUUGACUUUAAAGUCAUUCUAAUAGAUUUCUGAUUUUGAAGUUUGCUAUGUCAAGGGGAAAUUAUCAAUAUAAUAGCAAACUUCAAACAGAUAUAUUAGAAAAAAAGAGAGAAAUAUCAAUCUAACUAACACAUAGCACUGACUGAGUGAUAUUCUGAAACCUUUGUUAUUUCAUUUAUUGCAUACAUGUUAAUUUCUUGUGAAGAAUUCAGUUGUAUGUAGCAUUGUAUUUUGUAUGUUGGCACUUUCCGUUGGAAAUUAGAUUGGAAAAGACAUAAAUUGCAAAACACCUGCAGUCAAAAGGCUGGCACUAGCACUCCUCUGGAUAGGUUGUAACCUCAUGACAUGUCAACACUUCUGUUUCAGAAAACUGAGUGGACUUAUAUCUUCACACUGCUAAAGACUUUUACAAAGACUAUGAAUAUUGCCAUUGUAAAUAACUUUUUUAGACCCAAACAGAGAUAGCUGCUGUGUGGUGUACCAUUGCAAGGUCUUUGUUUAGGAAUUUAGGUUUGGCUUUCAAUUAAAAAUUUACAGUUUUAAAAUCUGUUAAAGCUAAGUGCAACACAAUUGUUAAUUGUAAUGCAAUGGCUUAAAACCUACAAUGUUAUUUUACAUGCAGUGUUUUAUGCAAAAUUGUACGCUUGAUCCUGAAAACUGCUUCUACUUCACCAGUAUGAUCACUUCUCCUUGCCCUCAAAUCCUCAAUAGCAUCUGAGAAUAUUCCAUGCAUGCUUCAGGAAAAAAAAAAAAAAAAAAGAAAAGAAAAAGACAAUAAAAAUAAGUUCCGUCAGUAGGAAAAGGCUUUAUGGUAUGUUAGAAAAUAAUAACCACUCAUUAAUUGUGUCUACCUUAAAAUUCCUAUAAUGCUGACUUUGAACCUCUGGUUUAAGUCUAAAAGUGAGAUUUUUCAUUUAAAGGAUUAUUUGUAAACCACAGCUUGAUUUAGGCUUUCAGGUGCUUUCUGUGUCUUCACUGUAGUUUUGUAGUUGACUGUGGUGUUAAUUUACAAAAAUAAAUAUAAUAUAGCAUCAAGUCUGUCUGGAAAUGCACGAUUUGCUCUUUGUAUAUUGUAAUUAAACGGUUAGUAUAUCCUAAGGCAUGUAGUGUCAAACAUAGCCCAUAGGUACAAGGUUUAUUAUUUUUUAUGUCUUCAAAACAGAAAGGAAAUGGUUACAGAAAGCAGGUUUAAAGCAUACUGUUUUGUGAACAUUUUGUUUUGUUUGCUCAAACCUUUACAUUAUCUUAUCCACAAAAAAAAAAAAAAGUACUUUCGUGAUCAUUUGUGCCUGAUUUGUCACAGUAAAUAGAGAUUGAAACUAAACGUGUCAUAGUUUAACUCAUUGAAAAAUCAGCAUUAUGGAUCUGAUACAAGCAUAUAUUCUGUUCCUUAAAACCCAGCUGACUCGUGUUAAGGAAAUGAAUGCAAAGGAGUUCUUAUUUUCCUAUUAAUGCUGAGUUAAAUGAUGUAUGGAAAAAUUAAAUAACAUCACAAACUAUGUAAUGCAGUGAAUCCAGAUGUACUUGAGAGCCAAGUAAAUAUUCUAAAGCUAACAGAGCUUGAGCCCAUGCUGCCUGUUACGUCUUUUACUGAAGUGGUACGUCAAAUAAAAAUUUUAAA